UACGUUUUUAGCAUAUAUUGUCUAUAAAUACACCCAUUGGCCUCCCAUUUUCUGUAACUCGUCUCGUUCUUAUCGGUCUCCUCUUCCUCUCUGGUGCGCAAGCUUAAACCAAAGGGAGUACUUCUCGCAUAACCUCUUAUACCUUUCGCAAGUCCAGUUGUACGUUACGCAUAUCGAAUUGUAUAUCAUCAGUUGCCACAAUGGAAGGAGGGAUACAUCCGGCGGACUCAUCUGCGUUCCGCGAGUGUUUUUCGUUGGCAUGGAAGAACCCUUACGUUCUUCGUCUUGCUUUCUCUGCGGGUAUUGGUGGACUUCUGUUUGGUUAUGAUACAGGAGUGAUAUCUGGUGCGCUUCUUUACAUCAGGGAUGACUUCAAGUCUGUCGAUAAGAAGACUGUUUUACAGGAGAGUAUAGUGAGCAUGGCGCUUGCCGGAGCAAUUGUCGGAGCGGCGAUGGGAGGAUGGUUAAAUGACCGUUAUGGACGGAAAUUCGCACUGUUAGUUGCGGAUUUCCUUUUCUUUAUUGUUGGAAUGGCUUCAAUGACUGCUCCGUUGUACAUAUCUGAGGCGUCUCCUGCGAAAGUCAGAGGUGCUUUGGUCAGCACGAAUGGGUUCUUGAUCACCGGAGGCCAGUUUCUAUCUUACCUAAUCAAUUUAGCCUUCACUAAGGCACCGGGAACAUGGCGUUGGAUGCUUGGAGUUGCCGGACUCCCCGCCCUCUUGCAGUUCGUUCUCAUGCUCGCUCUCCCUGAGUCCCCUCGUUGGCUUUACCGCAAGGGUAGAGAAGAAGAGGCGAUAACGAUACUAAGAAAGAUAUAUCCGGCGAGUGAUGUUGAAGCGGAGAUCGAAGCUCUCAAGGAAUCGGUGGAAAAGGAGAUUGAGGAAACAGGGUCGUCGGAGAAGAUCAACAUGAUACAAUUACUAAAAACAAGGACAGUAAGAAGGGGUCUAAUCGCCGGAGUUGGGCUUCAGGUUUUCCAACAGUUCGUCGGAAUCAACACCGUGAUGUACUACAGUCCGACCAUCAUUCAAUUAGCUGGAAUUGCAUCAAACCAGACCGCCCUCCUCCUCUCACUGGUGACAGCUGGGCUCAACGCCUUGGGUUCAGUUGUCAGCAUUUAUUUCAUUGAUCGGAUUGGGAGAAAGAAGCUGUUGGUGAUCAGUUUGAUCGGUUGUGUGCUCUCGUUAGGGCUUCUUUCCGCCGUGUUUCAUGAGACGACAUCACAUUCGCCGCCUGUUAGCGCGGUGGAGUCCUCCCACUUCGGUAACAUCACCUGCCCGGCUUUCACUUCCGCCGGACCUUCUGCUUCCUGGAGCUGUAUGAAAUGCUUAAAGGGUUCUGAUUGUGGAUUCUGUGCUUCACAAACUGAUAAGCUACUACCCGGUGCAUGUUUAAUCGAGAACAAAAUCGUGAAGGACACGUGUCAUGGUGAAGGCCGAUUAUGGUACACUCGAGGAUGCCCGAGUCAAUACGGAUGGCUCGCACUGGUAGGUUUAGCUCUUUACAUCAUCUUCUUCUCACCGGGCAUGGGAACAGUUCCAUGGAUUGUCAAUUCCGAGAUAUACCCAUUAAGAUUCCGAGGUGUUUGUGGUGGAAUCGCUGCUACAUCAAACUGGAUUUCAAAUCUUAUCGUUGCUCAAUCAUUCUUAUCGUUAACUGAAGCCAUAGGAACUUCAUGGACUUUUCUAGGGUUUGGGGUUAUAUCAGUCAUAGCAUUGCUUUUUGUCAUCAUUUUCGUGCCUGAAACUAAAGGUUUACCCAUUGAGGAUGUGGAAAAGAUGCUUGAGGAACGGGUUUUUCAGUUGAAGUUUUGGAAGAAAAGAACACCGGUUGUGAAGAAAUCGACACAAGUUUGAACAUAAAAUAAUGCAUAUUAAUUUAUGGUGUUUGAUGCUUACCUUAUAGUAGGUACGUAGAUUAUACUGCGAUAUUUAGCAGUGUUGAAAAUUUGGUUUAGACUUUUGUAAUAAUAGACUAUUAGAGGGAUUGUGUUUUAAUUCGUGUUUUUAGGUGUUUGAUGUGAUGAAUAGCGUUUAAGGAAGUGUAGUUUUGUGCACAGUGUAACGGGUUUUAUGAUCUGUGCCACAACACUUCUUUAUCAAGUGUUAUUAUUCAUCGACUCAAAUACCCUAAUAUUAUUAGUACUUUAUCGAUUAAUAUAAAAUGCAUAUUUAUGGUG